AUGGACGAUAAUAACAACCCGAGCGAAGAGAAUCUCAACGUCGUCGGGUUGAUGAAAGACAUAGGCGGCUAUUUACGCUAUAGGAAUAUGUGUAACAAGAGCCUGCGUUUCCCUUGCGUGAAUUGUACGAGCGUCUACAGCAAGAAGGCCAGCCUAAUGACGCACCUGAGGUACGAGUGCGGCCAACCGCCUCGUUUCAAGUGCCCGUAUUGCGGUCUCCUGUCGAAGAAGAACUCGAACAUACGGCAGCAUAUACGGAGGAAGCACGAGAACUGCGUCGUUUACGUUUUUCAGGCUCGCCGGCAGGACGAGCGGCCGGUCUCUACGCUGUCCGAACUGCACGAGCGUCUUUCUCAGGCGGAAAGGGCUACGGGAGCACCAGAUCUACCAGUGUGGUCAGCCACCGAGGUUCCAGUGUCCUUACUUUCCUCUCUUCUGCUUGCAGACGAAAUCUUUCCGUUCGUGCGGGCCUUCGACGAGGACGUGUCGAAGCUGCGACGCGAAUCCAAGUUUCCCUGUCCGAAAUGCAGCAGCGUCUUCAACCGGAAGAACAACCUGCAGAAGCACCUCAAGUACGAGUGCGGGCAGUCGCCGAGGUUCCAGUGCCCCUACUGCCUUUACCGCUCUAAGAAGACCUCGAACUUGAUCGAAGGACGCGCAUUCUGUGGUGAUACGAAGCCGGAACACGAGUUUUGUGAAUUUUCCGGUAGAACCUGGACGGUAGAGCCUGGGUUUGACAAGAUCGCCGUGUUCAAACUGAAUAGACGACUACGAUCGGAUCCGUGCAUUCGCAUCUAUAUCAUGCAUCUGGGCGGCUUCGAUAUACCACCCAGCGCGCCGAACAUCAUGACGACGGGUCGUGUGAGUCGGGGCAUGGGCAGGUUCCCUUGCCCGAAGUGUUCGAGCAUCUUCAACCGGAAGAAUAACCUCUACUCGCACCUGAAGUUCGAAUGCGGGCAGUUGCCGAGAUUCGGCUGUCCCUAUUGCGACUACACCUCGAAGAAGGCGUCUAAUAUACGCGCCCACGUGCGCAGAAAGCACUACGGCAAGAAAGUCGACGUGAUCGACUUCCUUUUCGCGAGUAUCUUUUAACGUCCUCAUGGAAGAUACCGCCGCCAGCAUCGGAAAUCUCUCCGGCGCGAAUAUGUCGCGGGAUGAACCUCGCUUUCCAUCGUAAAACGCACAGGCCUAUAUUUUGAACUCACUUUUAUCGAUAAAAGCAGCUAUAAAUGUGAUUCCUCGAUCAAUCAGGUGGUUUCCAAACCACUUUUAGAGACACUUUUACUAAUAAAAGUGAACUGAGAAUAUUGACUAUAGUGUCUAAAUCUAACCAAGAAGCAUUCCGUUUUUCCUUCGUUCGCGAUCUCGGUGAGAAUGAAAGGCUCGUCGACGUAUUUGUGCAUAUAACUCGUAUUCGCGCGAACCAUCUUUCGAUCGGACUCGUUUCGUCGGAAAUUCGUCUGAAAUUAGCCUGAAAUUUGCCGAUACAAAUGCAGUUAAUUCAUUAAAGCUCAUGAUUAGACCAGUAAGGUUAACAAAAAACCACCAAUUAUAAAUAGGGCCGGAAUAUAAAAAACCAUAUUGGACAUAAAAAGCACCCCGCAAAAACAAUUUUGCAAUUGUUAUAAACAAAUUAUUAAAUGUUGGCUGUGGCUGAUUACAUCAAUCGAUUGUAUGGAAACGGUUACACAAAAAAUAUAUAUCACUUUUCCUCAUAGCGUCUUCCGUUUAUGCAAGAAAAAUAAACAUUAUAGUUUAUUGAAGGUCGAUUCAGCCUACGGUUGGAUCAUUGAGGUUGACAAAAGAUUAACAAUUGCAAGUAGGACUGGAGCAUGAAAGACUAUAUAUAAAAUGUAGGAAUCAAUUUUGCAAUAAAUUGUUAUAAACAAAUUGUUAAAUGUUGAUUGCGGGACAAGGCUGAUUACGCUAAUCGAUUCUAUGGAGAGAGUUACAUAAAAAACGUGUAUCACUUUUCCUUGUAGCAUCCUCCGUUUGUGCAAUAAAAAAAAUAUAUAAAUAUUAUAGUUUAUUGAAAGUUGCUUCAACCCAGGUUCAGUAAGAUUAGCAAAAAACAAUUAUUGGGAAUAAAAGCAUAGGAAAAUAUUUCUAACAUAAAAAGCACAUUACAAGAUUCAAAUUCACAAAAAAAAAAUUAUAAACCUUUCUCUAAAAAUAAUUGCAAAAUUGAUUUUUGUAAUGUGCUUUUUAUGUCAGAAAUGUCUUCCUCUGCUUUAAUUUCCAAUUAUUAUUUUUUUCUAAUCUGAUUUAACUUGGACUGGAGCGACUUUUAAUAAACGUAAUGUUUAUUUAUUUUUUUUUAUAUAAACGGAGGACGCUACGAGGGAAAGUGACAUAUAUUUUUUAUGUAACUUCUUCCAUAGAAUCGAUUAGCAUAGUCAGUUUUGUCCUACAGGCAACAUUUAAUAAUUUGUUUAUAGCAAUUUAUUGCUAAGUUAAUUUUUGCGGGAUACCUUUUAUAUAUAAUAUGAUUUUUCAUGCUCUAGUCCUAUUUGCAAUUGUUGGUCUUUGGCUAACUUUAAUGGUCUAGCCAUGGGCUGGAGCGACUUUCAAUAAACCAUAAUGUUUAUUUAUUUAUUUUUUUAUAUAAACGGAAGACACUAUGAGGAAAAAUAAUACAUAUUUUUUCACGUAACUUUUUCCGUGGAAUCGAUUGGCGUAAUCAGUUUUGUUCUACAGCCAACAUUUAACAAUUUGUUUGUAAAAAUUUAUUGCAAAAUUGGCUUUUGCGGAGUACUUUUUAUAUCCAAUAUGGUUUUUCAUGCUCCGGUCCUAUUUGCCGUUGUUGGUUUUUUAUCAAGCUUAUUGGUCCAGCCAUGGGCUUUAAUGUGUUAAUGUCUACGCAGUAUCCACUCUUUACCGAGAAUCUUUCGAACAAAGUCGCACACCUAUAAAGUCUUCCUUCAUAUCGCAUAUCUCGAUUAUCUGCCGUUUUUAUUGCCCAACUGGAGGCUCGGCGAACGCGUUCUCGCACCGGCCGAUUUCUCUUUCCCUCUGUACGGAGAUAUAUACAUCACCGUCCCUGUUUGACACCAUUAGAAAACAAAAAGAAAGAAAACUGCAACUCGAAGAAUCGUUUGACACGCACGAACCGUCGAUCACCCCUUCCCCACCUUUGCGCCGUCUUCGUGCCUGAAGAUACCGGUGGCUCUAUGAGAGGAGCUUUGACGCGAGCGGCGCGUCUGCUUUGUGUUGCAGGCCUGAAUUACUGUAUGUUCGCCGCGAUGCCGUCCGUCACGCGAAGCUACGUUCUCCAGUCUUACGACCCGUCGGCGAUCACGACGACGAGCACGACGACGGCGAUCUCGGCGUCGAUGAUCGACGCGGGGAGGAACGCCCGGGUGCUCAGCGGGAAGUUUCCCUGUUCGAACUGCAGCAGCGUCUUCAGUCGCAAGGGCGGUCUGACCUACCAUCAGAAAUUUGAGUGCGGUCAGAAGCCGCGCUUCAAUUGCCCCUACUGCGUCUACCGCGCCCGGCACAUUUCGAACGCGCGCCGCCACGUGCGCAAGUGCCACCCCGGCCGGGACGUGUACACGGUCGACCUGUGCAAGGUGCUGCAGCCGCGCGACCCUUGAGACCAGGCGAGCCGUCGCGGGACCGUCACCCCUCGUUGUCUCGAAGAACACGCGACGACGCCGCCGCCUGGAGCCUCGCUCGUCUCGCGCGAAACGCGACGUCGCGCGAAGAUCUCGAAGUGAACCCGCACGCCCAGGAAGAACGGUAGAGACCGAAGACUUUAUUUUUAGCGAGCGAUUUCGCUCGAGACAAUGAGGAGUUGAGAUUCUGUAUUGUAUCGACACGGGUCCCUCUUCUCUUUUCCAGAGGUGCUGGCAAUCCCGGAGCUUCCGUCGCGUGCGAAUCUCGGUACUUGCUCGGUCGACUCGAAGAGAAGUUUCGCUCGCAGCCAUGAGCGCCGAAGAUGUGUGUGGCGGCGUUUCACCUCGCUCGCGUCUUGAAGAGUGUAUGUGUGUGUGUGUGUGUGUGUAUCAGCGUGAUUCCGUGAGCAGAGAGAGAUCUCUUUUGGACGAUUGAUCUUCGACUUCGUUGUAGAAUGCUGCACGAUGGGGGGGAUCAGUGCCAAAUAGUGUUUUCCGAUUUCAGCCGUGAUUUGGGUUUCGCGACGAUUCGGGCGUGCCCGACUACAUCAGACACCGAAUGAUUCAUGGAGAAAAUUUGUAAAAAGAGGUUGCAAAGAUUUCUUACUGUUGGAACUGUAAAAACUUAGAUUUUUGAAUCGUGAUACUCAACACAGUGAUUACACUUAUACUUUAGUUACAGAUGAUUGCGAAAAAUACUUUUAGCUGUACACGAGUGAGUUUCGAAAAGUUGAGUUGCGGCUUCACCGCAUGGAGAAUUAUUGUAUAAAUAGAAUAAAUAGGAUGUAACACUUCUACACAAUGUAUGAUAAUAUUUUUCUGACGUCUUGACGUGUGCAAACAUUGUUAAUCUGAAUAUGGACGUUUCGUUACCCGCUUUCAUGAAUAAUCCGUCUGUAGAAAAAAUUAACUGAGAGCUCAUAUCGCUUCCGACGCAGCGUAAACGUUCAGAAUGUCUUGAAGAUAUCCUGAAGAUGUAUAAAACAAGAUAGAUAUCCUUCGGGCGUCUUUAAAAUAUCUUUUGGACACUAAUGUUAUGUGGAUUAUUAUUGAAUAUACGUUUUAAAUAAUUGUUAUGGUUUCUAUAAAGGUAUUAUUGGUCGAAAGAACCAUUAUUUAUUAUUAUUAUAAAAAAAUUAACAAUCCCUGUUCAAAUAUUAUUAACUUUUGUAAUGAAUCAGUACCUCUUGUAUAUUAGAACAAAGAAUUUCCUAAUGUUUGCAAUCGCAUUGCCAUAUCUUAUUAUGGUUACUUUUAGAGAUUAUUCUUAUUAGUGUCGAGUAAAAUUUUCACUCGCUACUGAUUGGCUAACAAUUUUGAAUGUGCAUUCAAGAAUAUUUAAUAAUACAUAUGUAAAUAUAUAAUAUUAGUACGUAUUUUAUAUAACAAAUACACGUUUGAAAAUAUUGGGUUACUUUUAGAAGAAAGACAUUGAUACAUAUACGUUUUAUUUAAUUUGUAAAUGCGCGUUCAAAAUCAUGUUAUUCGUUACUUGCGAAAAUUUAGCUCGAGACUAAUUUUUACUAAGGCUGUAAACAUUCGGAUAAUUUAAUAUCAAUAAAUUAUCUGAAAUCUAAAUAAAAAUUUGGUAUUUGAAUUAAGAAGGAAAUUUAAAUAAUCUUUAUAUAAUUAUACGAUCAAGUUGUAUGUGAUUGGAUUAUUCGGAUGAUAAUUCGAAUUUUGCUAUUCAAAGAUUUAAAUCUACUUGAAGAGUAAAUCAAAUUUUACCAAAUUUAUAUAAAAUCGUAAAUUCAGAUAUUAUUGGAGAUUAUUUAGUGUGAGAAAUUAGAUGAAAGAUUAGACGAAAAAUAAAUAACGAUGCGCAUUUUGCCGAAGUGCCAAAAUUGACUGAAAUUAUACAUAUAAAUGAUAUAUAGACGGAUUCAAAUCUAUAAUACAUGUUUACAGCUUUAAUUUUUACCAUUUGACGCUUAUCAUGUUGCUCUUUAACCCUUGUAACAGGCAAGUCUGAGUUAACUCGUGCAAGCGGCACUGGCAAAAUUGUGCAAGCCCGAGUUAUCUCGGAUUAGCGUUUUAUUUUAUAUUGCCAUGAUUCGUACUAACUCGGGUAGGAAAAAUAAUUACAUUAAAGUUAUGAUAACACAAUAUUGAAAAACUAUUUUAUUAGUAUUUACAUUGUAAUGUAAUCGUCAGGCGACAAACCGUGCGUUAAAUGGGGUUAAACUCUACAUUAAGUUCGUAAUCUUGCUCUGAUGAAACUUAAUACAUGGUGAUCAGAAUUGGUGGUAUGGUCGAAUAAAGGAAUAAUAUUUUAUAUAAAGGCAAGCUGAAAAAUGUUUUUUCUUUUUUUAAUAGGAAAUAGGAGGGUAUUAAGUUUCCAAUUGUCAAUUCCCUCGAUAACUAAGCCAAGUAGAAAAAAAAAUAUUUAAUUUUAUAUUUCCGGUUUAUUUUACGAGAGGAAUUAUAUAUGAUGCUGGAGAUACCACCGAUCCUGCUAUCACCUUGUGUUGCGGUGUAGCAAUUAUAAAAUAGUAUCUGAUGAGAAUAUAAUAUUGUAAAACACAGUAAUUAAGAUCACAAAGUAGAGCCUUUAUUUGCACGCAUAGUCAAAAUCCUACGAAGAUUUUAAUGUCUCAGGUUUUUUACAACUUUAACAUUAAAGAGAACAUUGUGAUAGUUCAGUAUUAUUAAUUUUAAGAUGUAUAUUUUCUUUGAGUGUGUAUUUGCAAAUUAUAUUAUUCACUUUGCGUCCUUUAUAGGCGAUUUUAAGACGUCUCCUAUAUGUUGUAUCAACUUUUAGGUUUUUGAUUUGUUGCCUCGUACGUUGAGAAAAACCACAAAUGUGACUCGUCCAGCGGACAGUUUUUGCUUUUGUUUUAUACGGUUCUGCGCAAAUUGCGCCUAUCGCAUUAUGUUUCAUGUGUACCAAAUAAAACACCAUCACACUGAA